CUAUGGACAGCAGCAACUCAAGCAGAAUGAACCAGACAUAUACUCAUUAUAACAAUGAUAACUUGGAUGAAGUUUUUUGUCUGAAAUGUUUUAAUGAGCUGAGGAAUUCUAUAAAGAAGAUUUCUUUGGUCUUCUACUGCCUGACCUUUAUCCUCGGUGUUCCUGGAAAUGCCUUUGUCAUGUAUGUUGCAGGAUUGAAGAUGAAGAGGACUGUUACUACAGCAGGGUUUCUCAAUCUAGCGAUUGCUGACCUCUUGUGCUGCCUUUCCACUCUUUUCUAUGUGAUCAAGAGUGCUCUUGAUAAUCCCUGGCCAUACGGAUCCAUAAUGUGCAAGAUUUUCCCCUUCAUUAUGUUCUUCACCAUGUUUGCCAGCGUUUUCACACUGAGCUUUAUUAGUCUGGAUCGGUUUACUCAGGUGAUCACACCGGUUUGGGCUCAGAAUCAUCGCAGCUUGUUCAUCGCACGACUGUCGUGUGCAACAGCUUGGAUUCUGGCUUCAAUUCUUUGUGUGCCUUUCAUGUUAACUAAAACUUACACAGUAAACAACAAAACAUACUGCAAGUAUGAUGACUAUUUUGAAUUGCAAAGAGGUUUUAGCAUCAUCAGAUUUGUGUUUGGCUUUUUGGUUCCUCUCAUAUGCAUCACAACAUGCUAUGGAUUCAUUGCAAACAAGUUAGGCAGGAGUCAUUUUCACUCUGGACGAGCGUUUCGUAUCAUGUCUGCUGUAAUCGUGGCCUUUUUUCUUUGCUGGCUGCCGUAUCACAUAGUAGUUUUGUUAAUAAUGUACGGAGAGAAAUCCAGUUACUCUGUGGCUUUGGCAGUGCAUCGGCUGACCUUCUCUUUGGCGCAUUUCAACAGCUGUCUGAACCCCAUUCUGUAUGUUUUCAUGGGACAGGAUUUUAAGAGCAAUGUUAAACUUUCUCUAAGACGUGUUUUUGAAAGAGUUUUCUCUGAGGAGGGAACACAAGCAUCACGAUCCACACAGCCACAACACACACACUCAGUGUAGUGAAGAUAUCAACUCAUUUAUACUUAGGUUUCUGGUUUAUUUUUAUUACUAUUCUAAUAAUGUUGUUCUAAUUAUUUCUUUUUGAAAUUCAUCAACUCGAAAUCAGCAAGUCAUCUAACUCUUAUUCAUCAUUCCUGUGUGUUUCUCUCUGUAUUGUUGAUGUAUUUUCAGUGAUUGGUGAUUUGUGAACUAUCGUCAAAGCUUAACAUCACAGUGAUUGAAUACUGAUGCUUGAUUAAUUAAUUCUAUGCUUAAUUCAUGAAGAAGAAAAUGUAAUUUAAAGCUUGUAAUUGUGAAUAUAACAAAAACAGGUUUUAUUUUACUCUGCCUUAUCUCAGUGAUUUAGUCAUUUUGGUGUUUUUCUACUUAAGUGUUAUGGAGUUUUGUAGUUGAUUACUCAAAAGAAAAGUGCAUGAUGUAUGAACAUUGUUUUAAAUAUAAAAUGCAAAAUUUAAAAUUUUAUCAUUACUGUAAUG